AUGCUAGGCGUCUCCGAUCUAAGUAAGUUUCAGUGGCGCAGCAGUCUAAUGAUGGUAGUUGUGAACAGCACCAUAUGUUUUCUCGAUAUCCUUUGUUCGGUGGUUAUUAUAAUUCGCUGGCGAACGUUAUCUAAGAAGUCGUCCAUGUCAAUGAGAAGAUCGGAGAAGUCAUUACUUUUUCUAGCUUGUUCGAUAUGCUUUUCACUUUCCUUGAGCUGCGUCCUCCAGCAGGUGGCUGGGUUCUGCAUGUUGUAUGCUUAG